GUCCAACUUGGUCGUCCAAUGACACGAGACUACAAGCAACACAGCGCGCUGCAUCCGUUUCCCUUCGACUCUCGGGACGCCGUGCUCCUCUUUUGGCCCUUCUGAAGACCCUGUUCGCUUUCACACAGAUGGCGUCUCUUCUUGCAAAUUACGCCUCGGACAGUGACGACGAUAAAUCCAAUGUUGGAGGUCCAAGCCGGCCCGCCGAACGAAUGCCUCAAAGCCCCACAUCUUGCAGCGAUGGCGUAAAUGCAGAUCAAAACGACGAAGAAGAAGAAGAUGAUGAUGACGAUGACGAGCCGUUCGACCCAACCAACUUUGGGCUCAAACGCGUCGUUCCGGUGGCGGCAGGCCCAGGCGCUAGUGAUGCGCACAUUGGAGAAAGCAGGAAUGGUAGAAAAUCAAAGCGGAGAAAGGGCAACGAAGAUGGAAGCGGAUCUGUAACUUGGCCUGCGGCUGGGCCGUCAGGGAGCUCGUCGAACGCGCUAAUAGUGGCUGCGCCAGAUGUAGAGCCAGAGGCGGAUGACCCAUCUACAGAGAUGCUUCUGCGACCGACUGACACCGUGAUGAAUGUGAAUCUACCAUACGAAGCGAUGACCGCACCGAUCCUCGGGCCUUCUAACCCAUACUCAACGCGGAAGCUCGGCGCGCAACAAAACACGCUAGGCGGCCACGUUGAACAAGCGCAUAUCAGCGAAUUCGACUUUGCGAACCAGCAGCGCUCGUUCGACACACUUGGAUACGCAUACGACCCAUCGACCAUUCAUGCUGGCACAGGUGCUCUCGUCGGGGACGCGCAGAAGGCCGCUGCGAGAAACGUUGCGUUGGCAUUUGACCACAACUCAGGCUUGCCAAAUACUGUCUUGCGCAAUCGUACCAAGGAGAUGAAAGCGAAGCGCCAAGCUCGGCAGGGCGAUCCGAGCGUUGUUGAGGGUGACGGAGCAUAUGUGGGGCCCUGGGGUGGAUGGGAAGGCGAGAACGUCCACGUACCUGAUGGAGUUGGGCCCAGCGAGGAGGAGCUCAAAGCGGCUGAAGAACGGAAAGCACAGCGACAGAGUGAGAAGGAAAAGUCCAAAGAGAAGCGAGAGAAACAAGAGCAGAUCGGGACUGAGAAGAGCAUCUUUCAUGGCAAGUCCAUGUAUGACUAUCAAGGGCGGACAUAUAUGCAUAUCCCGACCGAUGUCGACACGAAUCUACUGGGCGAGGCAGGCACGCAGACCUGCUACCUUCCCAAAGGCUGCCUGCACGAAUUCAAGGGGCACAAUAAAGGCAUCAGCGCCAUCCGGCUUUUCCCCCAAUCAGGGCAUCUCAUGCUGUCCGCUUCGAUGGACACGAAGGUCAAGCUCUGGGACAUCUACCACGAAGGCAACUGCUUGCGCACAUUCAUGGGUCACAACAACGCCGUACGUGAUAUCACCUUCAGCAACGAUGGUCGCCGCUUCUUGUCAGCCGGGUACGAUCGCCAGGUGAAGCUGUGGGAUACCGAGACGGGCGCAUGCCUGAAGGCAUUCUCGAAUGGCAAAAUCCCGUAUUGUAUCAAGUUCCAUCCAGAUGAGGACAAGCAGCACAUUUUCCUCGCAGGCAUGUCCGAUAAGAAAAUUGUGCAGUGGGACACCAAGAGCAAGGAAAUCACGCAAGAGUAUGACCAACAUCUCGGCCCAGUGAACUCGAUCACGUUCGUUGAUGAGAAUCGCAGGUUCGUCACGACAAGUGACGACAAGACGAUGCGCGCGUGGGACUUCGAUAUUCCUGUCGUCAUCAAGUACAUUGCAGAUCCGACUAUGUACUCAAUGCCCAGCGUCACCCUCUCGCCAAAUAAGAAAUGGCUCGGCUGCCAGUCGCUCGACAACCAAGUGCUCAUCUACGCCGCCGACUCUUUCCGGCAAAACAGGAAGAAGAUCUUCAAAGGUCACAACGUCGCGGGAUUCGCCUGCCAAGUCGGCUUUAGCCCGGACGGCCGAUUCGUCAGCUCGGGCGACAGCGAGGGUAACCUCGUAUUCUGGGACUGGAAGAGCGGCCGGACGCUGAAGAGGAUACGUGCACAUCGAGAGGUCGUCAUCACGCAUGAGUGGCUGCCGCACGAGACGUCAAAGGUGCUCACCGGUUCGUGGGACGGGUUGAUCAAGCUAUGGGAAUGA